AUGCUCCGCUUGUACAUUGCAGCUCUAUUCGCGCUCCUGUGGCACGCUGCCUGCGUCCACAGUGUAGCCAUCAACCACGUCUCUCGCCAGGAAUGCCAGGCCUCGGGCAAUCACUGUCCCCAGGGCACUAUCAAGGUCUCGGCCUCGGACAAGCACGCAGACUUUACCACCAUCCAAGCUGCCAUUGAGUCUCUGCCAGAUGACAAUUCCUCCCAGACCAUCCUCAUUCUGGCUGGCUCCUACAAGGAGCAAGUGAACGUCACCCGUGCGGGUCCCAUCACCCUUCUCGGCCAGACUGAUGCUUCUACGGACGCUACCAAGAACAAGGUGACCAUCACCUGGGCUGCCGCGAACCAGGACAACACCGGCCAGAGCGUGGACAACGUCUACUCCAGUGUCCUGAUCGUCUCUCCUACUCUCGAUGCCAGUCUGACUGGCUCGGGCACGACAGGCUACCCAGUGCCAGACGACACCCCCUUUGGCAACAAGAACUUCCGCGCAUACAACAUCGACUUCACCAACACCUGGGCUGACUACAGUGAUGGGCCCGCCCACGCAUUGAGCUUCAGCCGUGCCAACGGCGGCUUCUACUACUGUAGUUUUUACUCCUACCAGGACACAGUCUACGUCGGCAAACUCGGCAACGCGUAUUUCUACAAAUCGAUUCUCGCCGGCCAAACCGACUUCCUCUACGGCUUCGGCACAGCCUGGAUCCAAUCCUCCGACGUACUCCUCCGCGGGUGCGGCGGCGGCAUCACCGCCUGGAAAGGCACCAACACAACCUUCACCAACAAAUACGGCAUCUACAUCGUGGACAGCAACGUGCGGGCCGCAAACGCCUCCGUCGCCCCAAGCAUCGUAGGCGCCUGCGCGCUCGGCCGGCCCUGGAACUCGCAGCACCGGUCCAUUUUUGCCCGGUCAUACGAGGACGCCAGUAUCAGGGCUAGUGGGUACAUUGACUGGAUUGUCUCUGGGGUGGGGCGGAAUGAGAAGGGGAUUACUCUUAUGGCGGAGUAUGAGGCGUAUGGGCCCGGGUUUAAUGCGACGGGGCGUGCGGCGGGGAAUGUUACUACUGUGUUGGGGAGGAGUGGGUUUGAGCCGUAUAGUGAACCGAGUAAGGUGUUCCAGAAUCAGGCGGGUGUGUUCGGCGAUGUGCAGUGGAUUGAUUGGGAGACUGUUUAUGCGAAAUAG